UGUAUACAAAUAGUUAUGGGUUGAUUUAGAGCUGUUUUAGCAACGGACAAACACCAAGUACGAUUUGGUGGACCGUAUCAUAGCGAUUUUAUGAUCAUGGAAUUAUGACACCACUUUAAAAUUCCGUGUGACUUUUAUUAAAAUAUUUCAAGUAACCAAGCAGUGUCAAAAUGUCUACCUGUAACGUGAAUAACUACGAGUGCGCUGAUGCGGGCUUGCUGUUGCCCCUUGUCAAUGAAUACACAUGGAGUAUAGGGGCUCGAGCAUUUAUCUAUAUUGUUGGUCUACUUUGGAGCUUUAUGGGCGUAUCCAUCAUCGCUGACAUGUUCAUGGAAUCUAUUGAAAUGAUCACCAGUAAGAAGCAGAAGGUUCAAGUUGCGGACCCGAACAGCGACACUGGGUACACAGAUAUCGAGAUCCUGAUGUGGAACGGUACGGUGGCCAACCUCACACUAAUGGCGCUGGGUUCAAGCGCGCCAGAAAUUCUUCUUGCUAUAAUUGAAAUUGUAGGUAAUAAUUUCAAGGCAGGUGCUCUAGGUCCAGGGACAAUUGUUGGGUCUGCAGCAUUCAACCUCAUGUGCAUUACGGGAAUAUGUAUUUUAUCUGUACCGUCUCCGGAGACAAAGAAGUUGGAACUUAUAAAAGUGUUCGCAGUAACAUGUAUAUUUUCAAUUUUUGCAUAUAUUUGGCUAAUUAUCAUUCUUAUCGUCGUGACCCCGGAUUAUGUUGACCUGUGGGAGGCAUUUCUGACCUUUCUCAUGUUUCCCGCCAUGGUUCUGCUAUCCUAUAUAGCGGACAAAGACUUCUGUUCCCGUGGACCACGAAAACCCUCACCCGAGCAUUUGGAUCUAGAGGAAGCGCUCGAAGCAGUUAUUGAGGGUAAAGAACUGCCAGAGACUGGUAUACAUGCAAAUAAACGUCUCAUCUUGGAAUUCAUUAAGAAACUGCGGCAUGAGAAGGGAUACUCCGAGCAGGAUGUUGCCACUUUAGCCUCGUACGUGAUGGAGAAGGAAGGUUCACACAGCCGUGGCUGGUACCGCCGCAACGCGAUCAGAGAGAUGACUGGUUCCGUUAAACUAACACCGAAUCUGGAUGACAGAACUAGGGAGUUACUGGAGACAAUGUUGUUGUCAGAGGAUACAAGUGGUUCUCGUGCAUCGUUUUUUUCUAAACCUGAAAGCAUGAGUAAAGCGAUUAUUGAGUUUGCAGCACCAUCUGCGGCGGUUCUCGAGAAGGAUGGUCGGGUAAAACUGUGUAUAAUGAGACACGGGAAACUUAACAACAGAAUCGUGUUCAAGGUUGAGACAAUAGAUGGAACAGCUGAGUCUGGUUCUGACUACAUCGAAGUUAAGAAAAGUUUGGUGUUUGAUAAAGAUCAGACUGAACAAGAGCUUGAGAUAGAAAUUGUUGAUGACAACAUCUGGGAGCCGGACGAGGUCUUCUUUGUCAGACUGAGCGUCGAACCCGACCAGGUUGCCGAAAUUGGCAAGCGUGGGGUAGCACAAGUCGUAAUUCUUAAUGACGAUGAGCCCGGAACCGUGGAAUUCGACAAGCCUAGUUUCCUGUUCAAAGAGAGUUGCGGAGUUGCUCGAGUACCUGUUAAACGUGUUAACGGCGCCGACGGCGAACUGAAGCUAAACUGGAAAACGAAAGAUAUUUCUGCCGUCGGUGGAAGGGAUUACGAAGAGACAGAGGGUGAACUCAUUUUCAGCCACGGAGAGGUUGAGAAACACAUCGAAAUCACCAUCAAUGAUGAUAUGGAGUUUGAAAAAGACGAAAAUUUCGAAUUAUUUAUUGACAGUGUGAGUAAAGGCGCCAAAAUUGGACAUCUUAGCAGAACAGUUGUCACUAUUGUGAAUGACGAUGAAUUUGACGGUUUUGUGAGUCGUAUUGCAAAUCUCACAAAUGCUAACCUAGACUCUCUCAGAUUACAACGUGCUACAUGGGGAAAGAAAUUUGUGGAGGCAAUGAACGUCAACGGCGGGGAUCUUGAACAUGCAUCUGUUUUCGAUUAUGUAAUGCACUUCUUCACGUUUGGUUGGAAGCUGAUAUUCGCCUUUGUACCCCCACCGACUAUCUGGGGAGGGUGGCUAUGUUUCUUUGUGUGCCUGUGUUUUAUUGGAGUAUUGACGGCAAUUAUCGGCGACCUUGCCUCCAUUUUUGGCUGUCUUAUCGGACUGGAAGAUGCUGUAACUGCUAUUACAUUGGUUGCUUUAGGAACGAGUUUGCCAGAUACUUUCGCCAGCCGGACAGCUGCUCUUAAUGAGAAAGGCGCAGAUAUGGCAAUUGGCAAUGUGACGGGCAGUAAUGGAGUAAACGUUUUCCUUGGUCUUGGCUUUCCUUGGGUAAUGGCAUCUAUUUACUGGACAGUGCAGGGUAAAUCAUUUGAAGUAUCUGCUGGUGACCUUGGAUUCAGUGUCACCGUGUUCACGAUUUGCGCCAUUUUUACUGUAAUAGUACUCAUGGUUAGGCGGUACGUCUCCUUCUUUGGCGGUGAAUUGGGAGGACCCAAGGUCCCCAAAAUAAUCAGUGGCGUUUUGCUGAUAUUUGUAUGGAUCCUUUAUGUUCUCUUGUCAUCAUUACAAACAUAUAAAUAUAUUCCUGGAUUCUAAUCUAAAAUACGUGUACAGACAUUAUAUUUUACCUCUGAGAAGAAACUUUUAAGUUAAAGAGUGUGUAUUUUGCAGUUGUCCCCCUUCUUAUAUUGGUCUUCUUGCCUAUUGCUGACAAAAUUUACUUCCAAGAAAGAACUUUUGAUAAUAAAAAUAUCACCUAUAUGUCUAUUUUACUGUUAUGUUAAAAUAUAUAUAUAUAUAUUUUUACAGCACAUGUCUGUCUAGUUUUAAGUCUUGUUCAAAAGCAUUUUGUUGUAUGCUAGAAACAUUGUUAAGUAGAAAUGGUCUUUCUACAUGGUCAUUAGUGGACCCAAAUAAUUAAUAAAUACAGAAGCACAGGCCUGCGAUUUUUCAGGACAGGUCCUGAUUUCAGGCUUUUGACUGCCAGUAUUUACCUAUAUAACUCUAAAAAUGGAGAUUUCAGGCUUGAGAAUGUAGAUUUUCAGGUUUUUGAUAGGUCUGUAUUCAGUACUUAUUAAUUUUUUGGUGACCUAUUUAUUUUGCAUUGAAAGUAGAACAGCAGUAAUGUAUAUCUGAUGUAAGAAAUAAAAUUCAAGGUAUAUUAUGAGCAUUUGUAAUGACUGGUAUCCAGUGCCUUAACAGAUCUCUCCUGUUGACAAAGUCAUGCUUGUUUGAAUUACUGCAGAAAUGGUACAUUUUAAUAUCCGCAGUAUGUAUGUACACCAUACUCUACAUUUCAACCAUUUUUAAAUAAAUUGUUUUGUUUGCAAGAUAUAAGUUAUUUUCCCUUUGUAAUUUUGUGAGCAUAACAGUGAAGUCAUAUUUAUACUUUUUGUCUUGUUUAUACAAUUGUCAAACUUUUAUUUUGUUGAUAUUUUAAGUGUUUUUUGAUGUAUUACAUGUUGAAAGUGUAGAUCCUAUAGAUAUUUAGUAUGUCACUGGUAGUAGUAAUAUUUUACCAAAGUUUGAUGAAUGUAUAAGAUGCCUUUCAAUUGAGAUAUUAACAUUUGCUUCUUGUGUUUAAUCUUUACCCUUCUGAAUUUCUAAAAUGGACUGGUCUAUCAUUCAGUUCAGUCAGUAUCAUUUAUUAUUUGAAGGGGCAUUCACUGAAAAUUUACUGACUAAAUAGCAAACAGUGCAGACUAUGAUUAGCCUGCAUGGAUGUGCAGGCUAUCUUGGUCUGCACUGGUCGCAAAGGCAGAAUAACUUCCCUGCAGCAGGCUAAAGGUUAAGCACUUAAUUUAGUACAUUUUGUAGCAGCUCUAAAAGUAAGCAGUCCACUUAAGCAGGUUCAUUUUGUAAAAUCUGAUUCCACCAGGAAGCUUUAACAUAUUUAUCAGCAUUAGAUUAUAAACAUUAGUGGCAGUUCUAUUUAUUUCAGCAUUACAUGUUAAAUUUUUUUUGUUAAAAAUUUUGAGUUGGUUUUUCAUUUUAUGUCUUGACUAUUGCUUCUUUUGUAUUCGACUUAAAUAUUCAUUGUGAAUAGCCAUUAUAUCGAUGCCACGUGAAUACAUAUCAUUUAGUAUACUUGAUUCAUAUGGAGUGGGUGUAUGUUAUGUCAAGGUAUUAUUGUAGUAAAAUGCUUGCCCUUUGCUUACAUUAAGUUAUAUAAUAAAAUUAAUGGUCAAAGAUACGAGUUUCAGUUACAUGAUGAUCUUUAGCUAUAAGUAUUAUGUACAGUAUUCUAUACACAGAAUUUAUAACGUUGUGAAGUUUUUAAUCUAUUUAUCUAAUUGCAAAAGUAACUACAACAUAUUUUAUGUAUUUACUUGGCAGCUGGUUACAAAUCUUUCUGUUUGUCAAUAUAUAUUAUAUAUAUUCCUGCAUUGACGUGGGAAACUAUGAUUUUGUCCGUAUGAACAGGACCAUUCUCUGGAUCUGUAUUAAAUAUUAAAUACAAGCAUAACAAAUUAACAGCUGUUAGCAGUAGCCUUCUGCUGGUCAAAUAUAUUGUUCCCUUGGACAUUUAAGGAAAUGACUUUAUGAAGUAUGUUGAACUGCUUAUGUCAAAGUCAGCAGGAUGUUUUAUUGACAAGUACAAAUGUACAACUAUCUCUUGUACUGUUUUCUGUGAUAACACAUUUGUGAUAUUUUAUUGUUUUCUUUUACAUUCUAUUUAUUGUCAUGUAAAUAAUAUACAUAUUUAUUUUUUAUUACAUGAACGUUUUAACAUGAAGGUUACAACUACCAGAUAUAUAAAUUGGCAUUUUUUUACCAAAAAAUCUUACGUAAGAAAAAUUCCAAUUUUUCACCAGUCUGCACACUUUUUUAUACUGUGACUUGAUUCAUUGAAACAGGAAGUUUGUUUAAUAAUGCACCAGAGCAUAUUUUGCCUAACACUUAAAGUACUUAAAGUGAAUUUACAUUCUUUAUCUUGGGCUUUAUUUGCCAAUAUAUAUUUAGAGAUGACAGAACUUGACAUACAAAUUAAAUCCUUUGUUCUGGUGUAACCCCAAACAAAACCAUGAUAAAAUCCAUAUUUUUUUUGUUUUAAUCAUUGAUCCUUGUAAAUAACUAGAUUUUAGACAGCUAACUGCUUCUUGCAAAAUAAAUAAACCCUAUUUGUUUUUUUUCUGUUUGUAUUUCAUUAGCUUAACAACAAACAGCAACAUACCGGUAUAUCUACAAUACAAGAUUUUGAUAUUUACAGAUGAAUACAAAGUGACUUGUUGUAUACAAGUCAGCCCAUAUUAGUCUGUAGGGAGUUUAAACUAAAUAUCAAAGAGUUUUAAUGAUUAGGUUUGACUUAUUAAUGUGUUGUUCCAAAUUGAAGCUCAAUAACCAAGCAUUUGCCUGAAGGUGAUACAAGAUUUUCUCUCUUUUUACAUAAAAUACAAAAAAACUUGCAAACAAACAUCAAGAGAAACAGGAUUAGUUUUUUUUCACAUGAAAGGAAAUUACAAAUACAUGCCUAAAGGUAACAGAGAUUCCAUAUGGGGAGCAAAUAUUUUUUUCCAUUUUUUUUUAUUUAUACAGAAAGUAAGGGUCUGAAAAUUUGGGCAAAUUAGGAGUAUAUAUUUAUCAGGAUUUUAUCCAUAAUCAAACUUAAUCAAAUCUGCAUUAUUUAUUCAAAGAGUUUGUCUGGAACUUACACCAAUACAAUGAGACAUUUUUGCUUAAGGUAUUUAUGCAUGUUUGUAAAACUGGUCUAGAAUGAGACCUGUAUCUUGAACAUGGCAACUUUAUUUCUGUGGUUAGGAAGUAAUUUGUGUGUGUUUUAAUGUACUACAGUAAAACAAUUGCUAGUUCAACAAAUGCCUUUCUAUGUCACUAAAUUAAACUGAAAAUUAAGCACUUUACUUAAAUCAGCAUCAGAUUUUUUAAAAAACAAGCACAGAUGUUUUAUUUGAUCAUGUGAUAGAAAACAGAUAAGUGUACAAGAAUGAAAAGUUUCAUUAAAAUUCACAAUUUACAAUUUUUUCCAAUAUGCAAAACUGUUAUCAAUAUUUUGAUUUUCCAAUAACUGUCACUAUAGAUACUUAAGGGUCUCAAACUAUAUCAUAUAAUAUUUAUUUUAUUUGCUGUAUUUUCACAGCAUCUAAAGGUUUAAAAAAAAUCAGACUUUAAUCACUAAAACAAUGUAGAAAAUAAUGAUCUUAACUUCCUAGCUUACAUGCACAACUACCUCAAAUCAAAGCUGUAAAUAAAGCACUUGUGAGUGUCAUAGCAAUUGUUUUAUUUGUUUUCUAGUGUUGAUAGUCAAAGAGUGUAAUUUUGAAAUACAAACUAGUGAACAUGUAAUCAAGAAAGUGAGUGAAAAUUGUUGAAAUAUUUCAUGCUGGCCUGAAAUAUUUUUUUCGAGAUGACAGUAAAUAAAAUAUGUCUGUUUGGUUAAAAUUUUCAUGUGUAUAUUUUUUAUAUUAUCAGUACUAUUCAACUUCAUCCAUGCAGCAAUAUGACUUCACAAAUUCAUCAAUAUUCUUUACCCUGAUAAAUUUCUAAAAUGGACUGGUCCAUCAUUCAAUCUUGGCAGUACCACUUACUAUUUCAAAGGGGUGUCCAUUGAAAAUUUACUGAUUGAAUAGCGAACAGUGCAGACCAUGAUCACUGGCCGCAAAGGCAGAAUAACUUGCCGUCUGCAGGCUACAGGUUAAUACAUGUAUUUUACCUCUACUACUAAGUAUAUUACAAUGUACAUCUUCCUUCCAUAAUUCUGUUUUUAUUUCCAAGAGAACUUUUGCUUGUGCUUGAGGUAAUUCUACAUAGUCUAGUGUAGUAUUAAACAUACAACAAAUCUUGCUAAAAAAUGAUAUCAAAAUUCCAAAUCUAGAAUUUAAGCAGCUUUUUUAUAUAUACCCGCCAUCUGUUGUUUUGCCCAUAUUUUAAAAAUCACUAAAAGUACUUCUUUGAUAUUUAGUGCAGAAAAAGUGCUGCUUAUAAUGUGUCAACUUUCAACAAAACUAAACUACCUUGUCAUUGCAUAUGUUACAUCAGUUUGUACAAGGUCAGUUUUAUGAAGAUCAACUCACAAAAUCUCUGAAUACAUAUUUGGCAUUAGGAAAUUACCUUUAGUUUCAUUAUUGUUGAUACAUAUACUACAUACUUGCUUUUUCACAGCACAGUUUAGUUUUAGAAUGUUCUCAGAUGAUACAAAAACACAUUGAUCAUCACUUCAUUAUAGUGCUUGUUGGUAUUUAAAUAAUUAUUAAGAUUUUCUAGAUACUUUUUUGGGAUUCAACAGUAUUUUAAUAGAAAUAAAUAGUGCGCAAUAA